ACAUGUCGUAGGGCUCGUCCCACUUUCCGAGCUCCGUGUGCCUUGUCUCCAGGGGCUCGCUCUCCUCAGAGCGUUCCGGGCCGCCGCGUGCGUCUCCUGUCCUUGCGUGUCCUCAGCCCCUGGCGCCUUGGCCCCCACCACCCUCCCUCCGAAGCCGUGUCCGCGGAGGCCACCGACAUGAGAAGAAACACAGGCAGGACCGCUCAGCCGUGUUCCGGCCCCCACCACGAAGCCCCGCUUUUGAGGCGGAAGCACAGAUUGCUCCAAGCCCGCGAGAGAGGAGACCUCGCUCUGCAGAGAAGACAAGACCUCCAGCAGCCCCGGCGCCCGGCCGAGGGGCCGAAGUCAGGGUCCCCGAGCCCACGAGCGCGAGGCCCGGAGAGGCCGUGUUUAGCGCAUCUGUUCGGUGUCGCGGGAGGACAGGCCAGGGAGCACCCACCCGACUUGGAGGGGCCUGCCCAGCGAGGACCGGCCCGGCUGCAGGGGGCCGGGGAGAAGCACAGAGCAGAGAGGAGUCACCCAGAGGAGCCGGUGAGACUGCGGCCCCAGCGCACCAAGAGGCAGGCGGUGGGCACGGAGAAGCAGGGGGCUACCAAAGCCACAGGCCUGACCCGUCGCCCCCGCCGCGCCCCAGAGAAGAAUAAGGGGGAGCGAGUGCCUUCGACAAAGACCGGCGGUGGCCGCCGUCCCGCUGACCCGCAGGUGAGCAGAGGGGUGAACACGGGAAAGCUGUUGGCUGCCGUGGAGGGACGGGAACGUCUGGAGAAAAGGGAGAGAGAAGGAGCCUGGGACGGGAGGAGGCAGCCGGGAAAGGAGGCGCGUCCUCCCGUCCAAGGCCUGGAAAACAGCUGUCUGGAUCAGGGUCCCCGGGAAAAGCGAAAGACCUAGAACAGCUGUGGCCGCUUGGCUGUCCCCUCAGAAGGGGAGCCACGUCACCCGUGUCCCUGCGCUGGCACGGUGACAGGAGCAGGUGGCAGAGGGAGCUGGAGUUUGCCUCCGAAGGGUUGUUUGACACCAAGGGAAAGCUGAAGGAAC